CUCCUCGAGGGUGAUUCCGUUCCGUCUUUCCAUGACCGCCCGUCGCUGUCCAAAAUCGUGCGUACGAGCUCACGCGUAUAGCGGUCCUAGCAGUCGUGGCUGUCACGUGUCGGCUAAUUAGUAGUAGUAGAAGCAAGUAGCACCGUGCCGCGUGGCUCCCGACGACUCACCCCUUCCUGCGCCGUUGUUUGCGGCCGAGGCAGACAGCGAGCCCUCAAUCCGCCGUGCUAGACUCCGUUAAUACGAUAGUACUUCGAUAGAGAGUGGAACCCACACACCCAGUGUUGAACCCACAAGCUACGCGGCACGACCCGCUUCGGAAGCGCCAUCGCGGAGCAUUCGCGCGGGAAGCGCGGAACCGCGGCGACGAGCCGCAGACCGCCGCGAGACAUCUCGGAUAAUCAUGGAGGCUUCUAUGCUGAUGGAGCAGCCGCCCGGGGAGUUAAUUAGCAGCGCAUCUCAAGGCGAUCCGGGUGGAAAUCCAUCAUGGACCCCCUGCGAUCCGACUCAGAAUCAUACUAAUCUUAUGAUGACUCAGCAUGGUGAUGAUCGUGCCGUGCAUGCGGCACUAGGAUCGUCUCCCCCGCCGCCGGCGGCGGCGGCGGCGGCGGCGCCGACGGCUACGGCAGCAGGCCAAGAACUGCAGCAAUUUGACGCAUGCGGCGUUACGGCGUUGACGGCAAAUAAUAAUUUCAGUAAUAAUAAUAAUUAUGCGUUCUUCCCCGCUGCGGGAGCGCAGCCCCCGCCGCAUCCUGCGGAGCAACAGCCUUUCACCGGGGGGCCCGGCGCGCAUCACCAGACCGUCGGCGGAGCCGUCAAUUCUGACGGCGCCACGGCGGGACUCGUCAGCUCCGACGCAGUCAUGGUGGGAGCAGAGACAGGCGGAGCAGCUGCUUACUACGACAUCUCGAACCGCUCGUUCGAACAUCAACUGCAGCAGCAGCAGCAGCAGCAACAACAUUUCGUCUCUGACUCCGUCCCUUACGGCAUCGGUGGCGGUGGAGGUGGCGGGGGUGGGCCCGCAGCGGCGGCGCAAGCGCCUCCGCAGGCGCAUGCGGGCGGGGCGGCGGGCGAUGACGCGCGGAUGUUCUCUGCGGCGGAAGGCGCUGCGACGGAUGCUGCUGACGACGGCGGCGGGAAUUACUAUUUCGAGCAUCAGCAGGCGGCGCUGCUGCGGCAGCAACAGCAGCAGCGGUGCGAGCAGCAAGCGCAGCACGCGGCGCAGCAGGCGGAACAGCAGGCGCAGCAGCAACUGGCGGCGCAGCAGCAAGCGGCGCAGCAGCGGUUCGAGCAGCAGCAGCUGGAGGCGUAUCAGGAGCAGCAGCGGGGAUCGUCCUGGAGCGCUACUGCUACAGCUGCUGUUGCUACAGCUGCUACUGCUCCUAAUACUGCUAAUAAUGGUAUUUCGAGGGAGCGAGCUGCCAGUGCUCUCAGCAACCUCUUACCUCUCCUCGCCUCGUCCAUAAUCGCCAGGCAGCAGCAGCAGCAGCAGCAGCAGCAGCAGCAGCAGCAGCAGCAGCAGCAGCAGCAGCAGCAGCAGCAGCAGCAGCAGCAGCAGCAGCAGCAGCAGCAGCAGCAGCAGCAGCAGCAGCAGCAGCAGCAGCAGCAGCAGCAGCAACAACAGCAGCAACAGCAGCAACAGCAGCAACAGCAGCCGCAGCCACCGGAGCAACUCGUUCCACCGCCAUCGGAUGUCGCGGCGUCAAUUGCGCCGUCCUUCGCGGAGCGCAAUCAGCCUCCCCUGGGACAGCAUCAUGCGGCAGCUGCGGCGCCAAUCGCGGCGCAAUGUCCUCAGAGCAAUCUGCAGCAACGGAAGCAGCUCCCGCCGCAACCCACGCCGGCGGCGGUCGCGCCAGGGGAGGACGAGCAAGCGGCGUUAUUUAUGAGCCUCCGGCGGGACCUCGGUCUAGAUACUACUACUAUGACGGCGGCUGAUACUACUAUCGCGCCAGCGCCGGUCGCGGCCACUCCGCCGAGCAGCACCAGCAGCAGCCUCGCGUCGCCGCCUCCUCCCCCCCUGCCGCACGCGUCGGCGGCAUCGCUGGCGGCGGUCGCGCCGGGUCCGGCGCUGAACGGCUUGUAUCACGAGGGGAUGAACGUCCGACCGCCAGGGCCGCAUCAGCAUCAGCAUCAGCAGCAGCAUCAGCAGCAGCAGCAGCAGCAGCAGCAGCAGCAGCAGCAGCAGCAGCAGCAGCAGCAGCAGCAGCAGCAGCAGCAGCGGCAGGUGGCGCAACAGAAGAGAAAUUUCGCUGCCAGUGCGUUCGACGCCGCCUCUUCUGGCGCCGAUAGCGGCACAGUCGCGGCGCUGCAUCUCCUGCUGGCAGCGCUCGCGGCUACAAGCGUGAACGGCGUAAGCGGAAACAGCAGCAUCGUGUCAGGAAUGCCUCCGCCGCCCAAGCGGAUCCGAUUAGCGUCGAACCCGGCGGGGGGGGGAGCGUCAUCCGCUGCCGCCGCUGCUGCUAGUGGGGGUGGUGUGCGUGAAGGCCUCCUCCCAGCCGGCGCCGGCGCUGCCGCCACCGCUGCCGCUGCUGGUGGUGCUGGUGGUGCUGGUGCUGGUGAUUACUACUAUAACGAAGGCGGGAUUGUAGUGGGGGCGGGAGUUUUUGGCGCGCCGAGUGACUUCAUGGCGGCUCUCCCGCACACGCCGGCGCAUCUGCCGCCGCUGCAGAGCCCCACGUCGCCCGUCGGGCCGCUCGCAUCAUGCGCGCCGCCGCUGUCGCCCUUGUCGCCAGCGUCGCCCGCGUCGCUUUCGUCGCAGCCCGUCGUGCAUCACCCCAUAAUCCACGGCUUCUCCCCUGUUUCGGCGCCACUUUCCGCGCCGAUCUCCGUCACGGGCGGAACGCAGUAUGUACCCGCGGGUUUCGGGCGGAAUAUUCCGCAGCAAUCUCCGCCUCCCCACUGCGUGUCGAUCCCCCUCCCCAUCUCCCCGCGCGGCGGCGGCUUCCCCUCGUCUCCGAUGUCCCCCGCCGCCCCGCGCCCGCCGUUCUCCGCAGGCGUGGCGUCUGCCGCGCCGGGCGCUCCGGGCUCUUGCGCCUUCACCCAGCGCACUCCGCAGUACAAGGGCGUGCGCCAGCGGCGCUGGGGGAAGUGGGUAUCGGAGAUCCGCGAGCCGCGCAAGCGCUCGCGCAUCUGGUUGGGGUCGUACGACACGGCAGAAGACGCCGCGCGCGCGUACGACACCGCCGCGCGCAUGCUCCGCGGACGGCGCGCGAGCCUCAACUUCCCCAACAGCUACGCGACGGUCCCGCUCCCUUCCGCCACCGCGGAAGCGCUGCUGCGCGCGAGUAAGGAGGCCGCGCGCGUGCUAGGAUUGACCCCCGACGAGAUCGUGUGGGAGGCUGCCGCUGCUGCGGGGCUUGCCAUUCGCCCGAGCGCGGCCGCGACGGCGGCGGCGCUGGAGGCGCGCGGAGGGGGGGGGGGCGCUGGGGGAGGAGGAAACGGGAGUGGCGCAGACACUGCUGCUGCUGCUGCUGCUGCUGCUGGCGGUGGUGGCGGGGGGGGAACAGUGACUGGCGCAGGUGCUGGGGGAGGGGGGACAGCAGCAAAUGCGCUUGUGGCGGUUGGCGCAGCACCAGUGGGGGCAACGCCAGUGGUGGGUGCAGCUGAGGCAGGCUGUGAUGAUGCAGUCAACUUCCUGCCAUGUUUUAGUCAUGCUGCUGUCGUCGAUUCAACCGCUGCUGCUGCUGACACUGCGACUAAUGCUGGUGCUGUUGUUGCUGCUGGUGCUGGUGCUGCAGGAAUCAGUGGAGAUAUAAUGGGUGCUGCUGGUGCUGUGCCGCAGUCUGUGCCGCAGUCUGCUGCCAUCGUAGCUUUCCAGCCCUCCGGCGUUGCUCCCCUGCCAGCUGCUGACGCCCCGGCAGCGCCGGCAAUGGUGGGCAAUGCUCUGGAGAUGUACGAGGAAGCGCCUGCGCCGCUCACGGCUGCUGUGGCUGUGGCUGCUACAGAUGGCGACGAGGCAGCAUACCGUGUGCAGCAGCCGAUGCAGCAGCAGCCGAUGUAUCUCGUGAAGCAGGAGCAGUUUCAGCAGCCACAUGCGCAGCAAGAGGCAGCAUAUAACAGCAACACCAUCAAUAACAGCAGCGGCACCGGCAACAGCAACAUGAACCCCUUGUCCCGAGCCUACCCGCGAGUGCGGAGCAGUAGUGCUAGCAGCGACACCACCAGUGGUUGCACAUGCAGCAACGGCAGCGGGCGGCGCAGUGGUAGCAGGAGUGAGAGCCAGAGCAGUGCCAGCGCUGGUGCUGGUGCUACUGGUGCUGCUGGUGCUGGUGCUGGUGUUGCUGCUGGUGCUGGUGUUGCUGCUGGUGCUGGUGUUGCUGCUGGUGCUGGUGUUGCUGCUGGUGCUGGUGCUGGAGUUGCCGCUGGUGCUGGUGCUGGUUCUGCUGGUGCUGAUGCUGCUGUUGGUGCUGCUGCUGCUUCUUCACUUCCAACUGCUGUUGCUGCUUCUGGAAAUGUCAACAGCGGUGCUGCUGGUGGCAUUGCUACUGCUGCUGCUGCUGGUGCUGGUGCUGCUGGUCCCGUUCUGGAGUCGACUCAAUACCCACCCGCAAUGGAAGCGAACUGCCGUGCAUCAAGGCAGGUGGUCAAGUUCCUGGGGCAGGGAGGAGGAGGAGGAGGAGGAGGAGCAUGCAAGGAAGAAGAGAUCACCCAAUUGCUCCCCGUGCUUCACCUGGAAACGUGCGGAAGUGGCGUGGGAAGAGUGGUAGUGGAAGAAGCAGAAGGAGCUAAGGGAGAGCAAGGUGUGGGAGUAGUGAAUGGGGAGCAUGGAGGGGUGGGAAUAGGACCAGUGGCAGUGGGCGGGAUAGGAGGAGGAGGAGGAGGAGGAGGAGGAGGAGGAGGAGGAGGAGGAGGAGGAGGAGGAGGAGGAGGAGGAGGAGGAGGAGGAGGAGGAGGAGGAGGAGGAGGAGGAGGAGGAGGAGGAGGAGGAGGAGGAGGAGGAGGAGGAGGAGGAGGAGGAGGAGGAGGAGGAAGAGGAGGAGGAGGAGGAGGAGGAGGAGGAGGAGGGGUGGAAGGAGGAGCCGGCAUGGAAGGGGUGAUGGUGUUUGAGGCUCCUGGUAAGGAGGAGGAGGAGGAGGGGGAGGGGGAGGAGGAGGAGGAGGAGGAGGAGGGAGAGGAGGUGAAGGGUGGAGGAGCGGUGAUGACAAUUCGGGAUGUGAAAGUCGAUCUGUCGUCGCAGGGCGUUAUGAACCAUGGUGCCGCUGGUGCUGGUGCUACUGCUGGCGCUGGUGCUGCUGAUGUUGCUGCUGAUGUUGCUGUUGCUGGUGCUACUGCUGCUGCUGCCACUGCACGAGCAUCAGCACCACCAGGAGCGGCACUGAGAGGUGGGGCGGCACCCGUAAUAGGUGUCGGUAUGCUAGUGUCUGCUGCCGCUGCCCCUGCUACCACUGCUGCUACAGCUGCUACGGCUGCUGCCACUGCUGCCACGGCUGCUGCCACUGCUGCCACUGCUGCCACUGCUGCCACUGCUGCCACUGCUGCCACUGCUGCCACUGCUGCCACUGCUGCCACUGCUGCCACUGCUGCCACUGCUGCCACUGCUGCCACUGCUGCCACUGCUGCCACUGCUGCUACUGCUGCCACUGCUGCCACUGCUGCUACUGCUGCCACUGCUGCCAUUGCUGCUACUGCUGCCACUGCUGCUACAGGCAGUAUGAGGAGUCCCAGUAUGAGGGAGGCUUCUCAGAGCCCAAUGACUCCCAGCAUCAGCGGCAUGGCAGGCAUAGCAGGCAUAGCUCCCAGCAGCUUCAGUCCUUUCAUGAGGAACUUCAGCAUUGGGCCCGCCAUGGCACCUGGCAUGGGCAUGGGCAUGGGCAUGGGCAUGGGCAUGGGGAUGGGGAUGGGCAUGGGGAUGGGCAUGGGAACAGGCAUGGGAACAAGCAUGGACAUGAGCAUAGGCGUUGGAGCAGGGACCGGCAUGGGUAUGGGCAUGGGUAUGGGUAUUGGAGAGCAGGGCAGCCCAUUGGUGAUGGACCUGAUUGGGGAUGACAUGGGCAUGGUGGACACGUGGCAGCAGGAGGGUGAUGCCAUGUGGACCAUCUAAGACUCAGCCUGAGCCAACUUCACCUGAGUCAUCUCCUCCUGAGUCAACUCCACCUGAGUCAACUCCACCUGAGUCAACUCCACCUGAGUCAACUCCUCCUGAGUCAACUCCUCCUGAGUCAACUCCACCUGAGUCAACUCCCCUCAGCUGACUCCACCUGAGCCAACCUGAGUCAACUCCAUUCAAAUCAACUCAGUUGGAGUCAAUUGAUGCAACGAGGAAGCUUCACUAUGCACCAUUCAACUCCAGCCAAAUGCAUUUUGGUACCAGUCACACACUCGUUUGCACACCCACUUAUGCACUCAUCCUCACACUCACUUGGUCAUCCAACCACACAUUCACCCUUGUGUGUGGCUGGGAACAGACUUAUCUCCUCCUCACUCAGGCUCCCUCUCCGUUCAUUCCAUACGCCUGCUUCAACUGCAUUCAUUCUGCCAUCUACUCACGCAGUCACUCACUUACUCGCUCACUCACUACUCACCCAUACACUCACAUUCAUGCACUCACACCCACCCUCGUGCACUCUCACGCACUCACUCACGGUGGCCUGCCAUCAUGUGCGGAGCGGAUCGCCCUUCAAACAAGCCAAGGCAAAGCAGAGCCAGGCGAGGCACCUCCCAUGUAUCACACGGCCUUGCGCUCGCUCUGCGUGGUUGCUGCACGCCUGUACGGAGCUAGUGAGAGGUUUGUUGGUUAGCCUCUACUACUAAGGUCUACUGCCGCUGUUUGGAUGCGAUCCCCGGUCAGAUGAUGCCAGGCCGGCCGUCGACAGACCCCCCCGCUCCCCCCACCACCCUCCCCCUCCCCCUCUGCCUCUCUCUCCUCUCCCUCUCCCCCUCCUCCUCCUCCUCCCCCCCCCUCCACCUCCCUCCCUUCUUCCCUCCCCCUCUCCUUCCCUCCCUCCCUGCCCCUCCUCGCUUCCCAUCCCUCCCCGCUUUCUUUUUUAGUAAUCUAUUAUUCCUCGUGCUAGUCGCUGGUGGGCUGAUUUGCUCCUUGUAUAGGACUUUUGCCGGUGGGCUGCUCUUAAAACCUUGUCAUCUUCUUG